AUGUCUUGUGCCGAGCAACGGAGCACCCAAGGCCCCACGUCUGCAAUCGAAUCAGACAACGAACAUGAAUCGGACCAGAGUGAGCUCGAGAAGUACCUAGUAUGUGCAGCCGAGAAGGGUGACUUGGAGGAGGUCAAACGCCUUGUGAAAGCUGGAGCGGACGUGAUGGGGCGCUACUUCCCACCGCUAGGGACUUCGAUAUGUCACGGAUUAGAAAUCCUAAAAAUAUUUAACGACCGACCGCGAGCAUUAGUCCGUUUGAUUCAUUAUUUCGGCACGCGAGAGACUGAAAGAGGCGUACAAGAACUCGGCUGGACCCCUCUGCAGGCUGCUUCAGCUGGGGGUCACCUUAGCACUGUGCAGUUCUUAAUAGACUCUGGUGGUGAUGUCAAUGACCCAGCAGGUACCGCCGCCGGUCGGACUGCGUUGCUGUGGGCCGCUGGAACUAACAACCUGGAGCUUAUGCAACUGUUACUUGAUCAGGGAGCAAAGAUCAAUGUGCCAGCCGCGCGGUUAGGGAGUGUUACCGCUCUGCAGAUGGCAGCAGAGCGUGGGUGUGAAGAAACUGUAGAUCUACUUUUGCGCAGGGGCGCAGACAUAAAUCAAAUCGCUGGGAAGAAUUUCGGGAGAACAGCCCUGCAGGCUGCAUGUAGUCAAGGUCAGCUACGUAUGGUUCAACAUCUUCUUGAUCGUGGCGCACUUAUUAAUAACUCCUCAUCGGAGUCUUCUGGCCUGACGGCAUUAUCAGCGGCAGCGGGAGAAGGCCAUCUGGAUAUUUUUAAGGCUUUAAUCAAGAAAGGCGCCGAUGUCAAUGAGAAGUUGCAGAAUACACGGGACCAGACGGCACUACAGGCGGCCGCAAGGAAAGGGCAUUUGGAGAUUGUGAAGCUUCUUCUCGAGCACGGAGCUGAAGUCAACGACGAUGUUGGAAAUGUUGAUGGAAGGUCGGCAUUGCAGUCGGCUGUCGAGCAAGGAAACAAAGAUAUGGUCAAAUUACUCAUCGCCCGAAACGCAAAUGUCAAUGAGAUUGCAGGGUAUCAAAACGGUACGUCUGCAUUGCAGGCUGCUGCUGCGAGCGGAAACAUCCAGAUGGUAGAGCUUUUGCUCGCUGCCGGUGCGAUUGUAAAUCAAAGUGCAGGAGAUAACAAUGGCAGAACUCCGUUGCAGGCGGCCGCGGAGAAAGGGCACCUUGAUAUCGUCAAACUACUUAUUGCCCGGGGCGCAAGUACCAACGAGACCCCUUCGCCCACCAGUGGCCGAACCUCAUUACAAGCGGCGGCGAGUAAGGGACAUAUGGAGAUUGCCCGCUUGCUUAUCGACAAUCGUGCGGAGAUCAACGCGCAAGCACCCGCUGACGCGUUCACCGCAUUGCAAGCGGCGGCAUCUGAAGGCCACCAAGACAUGGUGCGCUGGUUAGUGUCGCUUGGGGCGGAUGUUAACGCGCCUGGAGCAGAAGGAGAAGGACGAACAGCAUUGCAGGCAGCGGCGGAGCAUGGCCAUGUAGAGAUUGCUCGCUUUCUUCUCGAGGAAGGUGCUGAGGUCAACGCGAAGGCAUCGGCGAGUUAUAAGGGCGUAACGGCGUUACAAGCAGCGGCCCUGGGAGGACACAUCGAUGUAGUCAAGAUACUUCUCGGCGCCCCUGGAGUCAGUGUAAACGAACCAUUGGAAUACCAAGACGCUCAAACUCCAUUGCAGGCGGCAGCGAAAAGUGGGAAUAUUGAUAUUGCGAAGUGCCUACACGCUUCUGGUGCGGAUAUAAACGCAAAGCCUGCGAAAGACGGCGGUCAAACAGCGUUACAAGCGGCGGCAGAGCAAGGUCAUCAAGAAAUGGUGCGAUGGCUUCUGACACUGAAGGCGGACAUCCAUGCAAAGGGUGCAGAAUGGCGUGGGGUAACCGCUAUUGAAGCGGCAGUGCGUGGGGGGCAUAAGGAGAUUGUUGCGAUGCUUGUAUCGGGAUCCGGAGGAGUAAGCAUGUCACUAGCGUUCGGUCUAGCUGCCAAACAAGGGGAUCUACAUCUCAUCAAAAUGCUACACUCGAAAGGCGCAAAUGUCGACGGAGUAACUGAGGGAGAGGAACGAGAUGAUUCCAAAUCCAAUAGCCCACUGCAAGCGGCGGCGACACGCGGGGCUUACGACGUGAUUCGGUUCCUCCUAGACAACAAAGCCGACAUUAAUGUGCCAGCAUUAAGAGAUGGAAGGACAGUAUUACAAACGGCUUCGGCGCGUGGGCAUCUACAAAUUGUUAAAUACUUGUUGUCAAAGGGGGGCGAUGUCAAUGCGGUUGCAUCAGAGACCGGUGGGAGGACAGCAUUACAAGGGGCUGCGGAGGGCGGGCAUCUCGAUGUUGUCGAAUAUUUACUGUCAAAGCAGGCGGAUGUCAAUGCAGUAGCUGCAGAUGUUGAUGGCAGAACAGCGCUCCAGGCAGCGUUGGAGAACAACCACCGUGAAGUUGUGUUACGCCUCCUCAAGGCAGAUGCCAAUGUUUACGACACUAUAGGUGACAAUGGACAAAGCGCACUACACAGAUUAUGCGACGACGAAAAUCUGGGUCUAUUUCGUGCGUUGGUAGAGACAUGUGCGGAGGAGACUUUGAACUUGAAGGACUUCUCAGGAUCUACCGCGCUCCACCUCGCAGUCGAGGGUAAUCAUAUAGAGAUUAUAAAAUGCCUCCUCGAUAUUCAACACUUAGACAUGGAGAUAUGCGACAUACUGGGCAACACACCUCUCAGAAUUGCGAUAGAAAAAAGCCAUAAAGGAACUGCAAAGCUUUUGCUCACUAAAGGAGCAAGAACCGACGGACUUACACUUAAGCAGCUGCACGUGGUUGCACAUAUCCUCGAAGAUAAACAUACAGCGCCCAUGGGAAAUAUGAAUGACGAUCAGCAUUUUAUACUACUCUGUCACAACCAUAGUAAUGGCACGCACGUUAAAACAACCUCCCGCGAGAUGUUUAAUGUUGAUGAGUGGGAAAGGAAUCCGAAAACAUCCAUCCUCUUUCCUAGCUCGUAUCUACAGCGUGAGGACUCUGAGAUUUAUAAGAGCUUUGUAAAACCGAGUUCUUUCGUUUUCAAGGUAGAAUACCCGGACAUACCGGAGGAGGGAUCUUUGAUCAAGUGGGCCUGGGCUCCAUUUAUCAAGAGGUUGCAGUCUGGUGUAGAACUACAUCCGUUCCGAAUCGGAGUCCCAACCAAUCAGGAUAUGAAAUCGGGAGUUUUCUUUGUUCCAUAUAUUCGUUUGGAUUGGCCUCGCAUAUACGUUAAGGCUCCGCCUCUCUCCAUACGUGAUACUGCAGCGCCAGGCAACACUAGCCCCGACGUCAAAGGAUUUACUUCCAACGAACGCAUGAUCGAAAUUUCGUGGAUAAUGGCCAAGCGAAGUCGUAAUGAGAAGGAACUAGCCAGCACAAUGCAGACUAUCUACUAUAGAGGAAACCUUACCUGGAAAGCUCCCUCUAUUCCUGGGAGUGCAGCGGAGUUUGUAGUAUGGUUUCUAGUUGAUGUCUGCGAUCAUUGGACUGCGUUGUUAGACAAAGCGGCGCAGCAGCUUGUUAAAAUACGUGAUUUUCAAUUAGCUGCUGAGGGAAGAAAUCCAGACGUAAUCAAAUCUCUACUAACACACAGUCGUGAAUGGUAUAAGCUUCGAGAAACGCUGCGUAAGCAUGUUACGCAAGCCAGCGAUCUCUUAAAGCAGUUCAAGGAAAGGGAAGCAUUAUUUGGUGAGUUGAUAUCAACCAUCAAAAAGCCGAAAAAAGACCAAUUUGAUAAAACCCAUAAUACAAAAAUGCUUCAUGGAGCACUUUUAUCUCCCGCCGCCAUACCGCAAGAUUAUGAUUUAGUUGCGACGGAGAAUGAGAGAUUAUUUGAGACCUGCGUGCCCGAGCCUGGCAUGGUAACUCAUGCGGCUGCACAGGUGAUUACAAGGAAUGCCAAGAACCUACAGCACAUCAUAGUACCUCGACCUCGAACUCCUAGAUUACCUCCACCAUCUCCUAGGGUGGAUCAGGCUGGCCAACCUGCGGAGCUUGGAGCUCUUGAAAAAAUCUGGGAAUUAGAGAAAAGGGUCGAUUUUCUGAAGAAGGAUUGUGAAAAUCGUUUGUCAGACCUCGAUAAAGAAACAAAGGAGAUGAUCGAGCUUGAGUUUAAUCUCGUCUCUAUAUACGAAGCAAGGAAGUCAGUAAAGAUGUCAGAGAGCAUGAAACGUCUCAGUUGGAUCACGUUUAUUUUUCUCCCUUUGAUGUUUGUAGCUGGUUUGUUCGGAAUGAACGUGGAUGUUCUCGAAGUCAAUCCUUCAUGGAAAUGGUAUCCAAUCUCAGCAGCGCCUUUUAUGGCUUUUGUCAUGUUAGCGUGGUUCUUAUUUAAAUGCACAUCUAUUCCGAAAUUCUACAAGUGGCACAAGACGAGAGACCCUGCAUCAGUUACUCGUAAUCCUAGGGACUUCUUUGGAAGGAUGAGGAAAUGGAAGCGGGACGAGGAGAUGGGUUAUGGGACGAAGGAACAUAACGACUAA